AUGGCGGCGCGCGCCGGCGACACCGGCCUGAGCAAGGUCAGGCGCUACUGGCCCGGGAGGGCGCCGGACUGGGCGUGGGCGGGCGCCGCUGUCGCUCACGACGAGGACGACGCACGUCUCGUCUCGACGCUUGACGAGAUCAAGCACGUGGAGGAGGAGGCGCUGAGAGCGAGGAUAAGGGAGAGGGCGCUGCUCCUGAGGCAGCAUGAGGAGGAGCAGCUUCUUCUUCAUCAUCAUCACCAGCGGCAUCAGGAGGAUGAGGCGGCGUCUGAGUCCGACGAGACGGCGGCGGAAUCGGACUCGGACGACGAGCAGAUGGCCGUCGUCUACAUGGCCGCGCCCCUGUUCGUCCCCAAGUCACAGCGCGACACCAUCCGGCUCAGGGAGGAAGAACAGCAUCGGCAGCGCCGGCGGCUUGAGCUGGAGCUGGACAAGAAGAGGCUCGAGGACAGGAAGAUGACGAUCAAGAAGCAGAUGAGGUUCAUGCGGAGGUACUACCACAAGGGUUGCUUCUUCCAAGACGACGCCGACGGCGCGGCGCAGACGGCCGCCGGAGCAUGCGAAAUCUACCGGCGAGAUUUCUCCGGGCCGACUGGGUUGGACAAGAUGGACGUGAGCGUCUUGCCCAAGGUGAUGCAGGUUAAGCACUUUGGGCGGCGUGGGGGAAGAAAGUGGACGCAUCUAGUUAACGAGGACACCACGUACAGGAACUAUAGCUAG